CAGAGACGAAUCCGACACAUCAGUCCAUUCUCUGCAUAUAUAAACUGUCGUAAUCAUCGCCUUGCAGUUUGCUUGGUCCACUUGAUAAAGCGAUUCCCCAUACUUCAAGAUGUGGACGCCACACGCCUUUCUUUGUGGAAGUUGUUUGAGUUUUCUGCACAAAGAAUGGAAGUUUUCAAACAUAUCCAGGCUGUCUAUGGAAAAGAGCCUUUAACCAUAACCAGGGCAGCGACUACUCGGUGGCUGUCACACCUUAAGGCUGCAGCCAGAUUCAUUGGAAGGUUUGUAUGUAUCUUGGACACCCUUGAUGCUCUUUAUGAACAAACGAAGAGAACCAGAAGUAUACGGCCUCCGACUGAACUGCACAAACAAGAAAGUGGUGGCAACCAUUUUACUACUAUGUGAUAUCCUUAAACCAGUCAACAUGUUGUCACUAUACUUGCAAGAGGAACAUGUGAAUUUUACGUCCCUACCAAAACAUGUAAAAAUUACAACAGACUCACUGCAUGCAGUUAUACAGAAAUAUGAAGGCAAUGACUGGGAUGAUGUGGAGUUUGCCAAGUCGGAACAAAUCUUCCAAGAAAUUGAUGAUCGCACAGAUCUUGGAAGACAAAUGAGGGGUGACCAGCAGGCACUCGACCCCAGAACAUUUCUCCAGGAGACAGGAAUUCCUCUCAUCUAUGAUCUAAUCCAGGAGAUUGAGGAUGCCUUUUGCAUAGGGGCACCUGUCCUAUCAGCAUUUGCCAUACUGAAUCCAGACAAUCUUCCAGACACUGUUGGGGAGUUAAAAGAAUAUGGAAAUAAUCACAUCCAGACGCUGGUUGACUUUUAUGGGUCAAGGAAAGAGGACACAUUUAUGGGCCACACAAUCCAGAUGCCAGCCCUUAUGGACCCUCUUCUGCUGAAAACAGAGUUGGAAAGUUUCAAAACCCAUCUUUUCAUGCUAAGUGAUUGAGUUCCCUUAAGUUAACUCAUUUACUGCAACCUUGCUACUGUCUCUUCACAUGGAUGUUCACAAGCUAGUAUUGGCAGAUUGAGGAAAUAUACAAUGAGAAAUGGUGCUCAUACUGUGGGUGACUUGUAGACAGAAUUUAGUAGAGAUGGGGUGUUGAGGGAGUGUUUUCCUCUAGUAUACAGAUUAGUGUACUUCUGUAUGAUCAUUCCCUCUUCAACUGCUGUGGUGGAAAGGAGUUUCAUUGUUGGCAAACAUUCUGACUAAGAGGAGAAACCGACUCAGCCAAGGAAACUUGGAUGCAGUGAUGAGGAUCUGCCAUGUAGAUGAAGGCCUAACUGACCAAGAAAAAGAAGAACUUGAGGAUCUUUAUAAACAUUUCAAAACUAGGAAACUUUACCUGUAAAAGUGUGGAACUGUAAUUUAGGCAUUAAUCCUUAAACAUCUAAUAAAAACACAGCCAACUGUAAAACUUUACUUUGUUUUUGUCAUUAAUAAGUUAUCUUGUAUUUUCCCAAUUUCCUGAAAAUGCCGCGAAAUUUUCCCAAUUUAAAAGGUACAGGCUGCUGUGAAA